AUGUUUUGCAGUCAUACUAUUCAGAAAAGUUUCGUGGAAUUAAAAUCGCUUGUGGACUAUACAAAUCGAAGAGAAUUCGGUAAGACUGCAUGUCACGAACAUCAGAGCGUUUCGGACAAGCUCACGGCCCAGCGAUCUACUAAAGCUCUAAUAGCUGACACACCAGUCAAUUGUCGCUCUGUCUAUCUACUUCGACUUAAUUGUUCCGGCCGACUUGUUGCUGCGGCACAUGGAGAUCGCUCUGUUUGUGUUUAUUGCGCUUCCACUGGCCGACUACUGUUAAAAUGCAUUGGUCAUGAAAAAUCUCCUUGGACACUAACUUUUCAUCCAACACAACCCUUCUUGCUUGCGAGUGGAUGCCUUGGUGGCAAUGUACGGCUUUGGAAUUUAGAGCAUUUGGCAGUACUUGGUGAUGAAAGAAUCGAGGGCAUUGUGGAACUAUCAUCUGUAUGCGUUUGGAAGCACACGGGUGCAAUCGCAUCCCUUACUUUCCAUCCAGUUCAUCCCAUACUAGUAGCAGCAUGGACUCAAGAAGUGGUCUUUUAUGAUUGGGUAUCUGGCCGGAUACUUUCGGCAUGGCGAUUUGUAUCAAAUCAUUCACGCGUAAGAUGGGUGAAAUUCGCCCCUGAUGGAACAGUCUUAUACACAGCAACCGCCAAUCCAUCCAACAAUGAAUCAGUUUAUGUACAUAAGCAAUCUGAUCAACCAGUGGUUAGGAGCCCAACAAAAGUAGUAGCUACCAAAUACCCGAAAGAACCAUCUUAUAUCCAAGUGGAUCAUGAUGGCGUCAAUGUAACUCCCGAAGCCUCAUGUGAUCUCACAGUACCUCGUGAUACUCUUUUAGAAUAUCUUGUCAAUUGUUCUGAUUCCUGGUUUCAAAGUCUCGGUAUAUGUUCCGUUUGUUCGGUUCGUUUAUGUCGGUGGGCUGGAACUCUCGGACCUAAAUUCCCAGCAACGACGACAGAUAUUCGCCUUGGGAUGUCUGUGGCACAACAAGCCGCAGCUAUUAUGGCCACCAGUACUUCGUCCAACAUGAUACCAUCACAUGUCCAACAUCUACUGAACCUGACAAAUCCUAAUAAUCGUUCUGAAGUGUAUGAGCGUCUCUGUCGUGAUGCUAACCCAGCUGCCGUAGCCAUAAUUGAAGAUAUGCCAGUUCAUGAAUUCCUUCGCUCAAGAGGCAACUACUGUCAAUCCCCAUGGGUUGCAAUCUCGAACAACGGUGUAUGUUGUGGUGGUCAUGCUUGUGAUUUGGUGAUUACUCAUCGCGAGUUAAUGCGUCAUUCUUUAUGUCGGCCUUGCCUCUCCUCGUUUUGGUCUUGGGCUAACAAACAUAUUGCUUGGUGGCGUUGGUCGUUUUCUACAAAUGAUGAACAAUCUCUAAAUUCUACGUCAAAUGCUAGCAGUACAACAGGUUGUGUACCAACUCCUAUAUCCUUUGGAAAAACGAAUAAUGCGGAAAAGUCUUCUGAUAUUGAGCCUCCUGUUGGCAUUUGCAUCCAGUGUCAAGCUAAAAUGUCCUUACAGUUACAAUCAUCACCCAGUGUGUCACUGACAUGUAACCAAUCUCCCGUUUUAUCUCAUGGAGCUGGUUCUGAACUUAAGGAAUCCGACGUCCUGUCAGUUAAUGGAAAAACUUCUAAAUCUCUCCGCUUAAUGCCGCUUGCAGCUUUGGAUCUUUUGCGUUCAAGGUUAAGUAAUGCUCAUGAAGUUACUCCAGUAACUUAUGUAGCCACCGACUUAAUCAACGAUUUUGUUUUCAGUCAACACAUCAAAAAACUGUUAAUCAAUGGCAGUGAUUCCGAUCUCAAUUUAUCUCAUACCCUGUGGGACUCAAAUAUUACUAUACCUUAUAAUCAGGUGGGACAGAUAGUCGUGUGUGCCUCUUCUUCAUCUAAGCGUCGAAAAAUGGAUAAUCAAUUUCAGAACAAAAUACUUUUUAGUCAGUGUGGUAGUCAAUUAUCUUUUGACAGUAGCUCAAUUUUAAAGCCCGUGCUCAUGGAUUCUGAUCCAAAAGAUGAAUUAUUUGGAUCUAAACUUCCGAACACUCUUCUAACGUGUAAAUAUCGUUUGCCGCAGGAGGCCUCUGAUUUGGGCGCAUACACGCGCGACAACCCUGAUAACAAUUGGAAUUAUCCACGUCCUGCUACCGUUCACUACACUUCUAGUGUCAUACCUUGGAUGUCAUCGUCGAUUUUCCCGUACGUCCAGACUGGAGCUUCUCUGUUAAGAUCUCCCCGCCAACUUACCGAUUCUCUUUCGGAAUCCACUAUUGUGGAUCAAAUUUCAGGGUUGUCAACUUCUAACAAAGUCUAUAUGAACGAUACACAGCAUGUCGACAGUUGUGAAACUGAUCCAUGUGAAGGACCCAACCGAAGUUCAAUGACUGCAUGUUGCCGUUGUGGCCGUAUUGUUCUUCAGACAUUUCCCGUUGAUCCACACUCUAAUAUCAGUGCAGUUGUUUGUGAAAAGUUAAUUUAUUCUGAAAAUCGGUACUUAACUCCUAGUUCCCAGAAAGCUCAUGGUAACAUUCAUUCACAAUGUUCAUCUAACCAAGAUCCCCAUACUCCCACAAAUCAUCCUUCUUAUCAGUUUGACUUAUCGUCAUUGAACUCUUGUCCGUCUGGUUCUACUUCUCUGUCUAACCGAUCCAGAAACGUGGAGGCUAGAAAGUCGGAAACUGCUGAAAGAUCGGUGAAUGCCGUGCUUCAUCUGAUUGACCAAACAGGAAAUAAUUCUGUUUUAAAUGCAGUGAAUCGCAGUAUAACUGAAGUUAUAACAGGUCUCUUUGUUGAUAUGGGUGAAUAUGGAUCCGCCUCUAGUCUUCAAGAUGUUACACAUCGUAUUUGCCGGUGGGAACUAAGUUUAUGCAGUCCUAUCUAUAAUACUCCUUAUUUGUCUUCAUCUGGUGAACGUGAUUCAGCAAGAAGUGUGUGCUUGCCCAUGCCAACCAACGUUGCUGUAUCAUAUAACAAUAAUAGUCUUGUUGUUCCUCACGCUCGUUUGUUUAAUGACUCAUCUGUCUGUCUCUCACCAGAUGGACGCCUUCUUGCUGCAUUUGUUAUUCCUCGAGAAACAUCGUGCUAUACAUUACAGUCAUCUCAGUCUUCCGCUUUACUCGGUACACUUCUCGCUGUGUAUCGUCUGCAACCAGAACAUAACCGUGGUCAGUGUCUGUUCGCUCGCCGCUUCACCGCAUCUAGUCCUGUAUGUGUUGACUUCAGUCCUUUAGGAGAUUUUUUGGCAGUCGGGUUAGCAACUACACGCAUACCUUCAGAACCAUUCUCUACCACGAGUGAGUCGUCUACACAAGAAAGUCUUUUAAGAUAUGGUAGUUCUUCAUCGCUCCAGGACCAUUCAGACCUCCGUCAGCCAAACGUGAAAUGUUCGUGCCAAAGACAAUCCUCUGUCGCAUGCGUUUUCCACCUUCAACGUUCCAAAACACAGAAGGGUCAAAUUCGUCGGAGCCUGCGUGAUAUUCAAAAUAUCAAACAUCCUGCACUUUUGGAUCCUGUCUCAUCAAGAUAUCUUGAAUUAUCUAGUCCAUCUUCAGAAAAAUUAGAUCGCUGGCACCGGUUAUUACUUUCAGCUCAAAGUGGAAUCUCUUUAAAUACCAUUGUUUGGAAUGCCAAUGGCAGCAUUCUUUACGGUACUACCAAAGGUCUCAUCGUAAUUUCUCAUGGAAAUCAAUCUUCUUCCGUAUCAAUUCUACCACUCCGUUGUACCAAGUCACAUAUGCAGUCUGUGAACGACUGCGAAGUUUCUUAUAGAAGAAAACACUUUAUAAAUCAAGCACAAACUAUUACUAGUUCCUCUAACUUUUCCGUUCCUCAGUCUCGUGCUGUAAUUUAAAUACUGACUUUUUAAAUCUAUGUAUAAUUUAGGUUUACUGUGCAUUUAGUUUAUCUUAAUUUUUGCUCAUUUUACUGGUAAAC